CAGUGUCUCAACUGAAUAAAGUGUUCUCCUUGUGUCAAGACAUAUUCUAGCACCUCCAGCCUUGGGUGUCCACAAUUCGUGGUACACUCGCGCCCUCAGUGUUUACUGAAGUUAUUUCCGGCCUGCUCCAUUCGUUUACAAUAGCCAGCUGAGAAGUGUACUCUUAGCAGUUAUCCUUUCAGUCAACUGGCAAAGUAGGACACACCAAGCGAUUCAAUUCUCAAGUUUCUCUUGCAUGCAGCAUGCGUGACCUCGUGUGUGUUCGUCGUGUUGUGACCAGGCCGCAGGCACAAAGAUGGGAGAGAGAGAAAUCAAUUACACGUUCACCCUCAUCUUGAGUAUCACCAUUGCUGUGUUUGGAAACUCCUUCCUGUAUGGGUAUCAGAUAGGCGUCGUCAACACACCUUCACACAUAAUUAAAGAUUUUUAUAAUGCCACGUAUUACGAGAGAAGGGGAGGUAACUGGAGCAGCAUACAGGCAUAUGCUUCAUAUCUGGAAGGCCUGAAUAAAACAAUAUCAGACAGCAAUGCAUCAACAACCCCAGGUCCAGCCGAAAAAACUCCAGCAGAUUUUGGUGCCGACGAGUCGCUGCUGCUUGAGAAAUGGGAGCUGGAACUACUGUGGUCUUCAACAGUUGCUGCCUUUGUUUUCUUUGGAAUGGUUGGCGCUUUCCUGGCACUUAAAGUUGCUGACACUGUUGGAAGAAAGCGUGGCAUGGUAGUCAUCACAUUUAUCAUGUUCUUGGCUGCGAUUCUCGGUGGAAUAACAGUCAUCGCCAAGUCUCCAGAGUGUCUCAUUGUGUCUCGAGUCCUGGUGGGAUUGCAUUCGGGGUUAAAUAUAACUUUGGUGCCUCUGUAUCUCACGGAGAUAGCGCCAAAGAAAAUCCGUGGCGCUGUUGGCACUUGUCAUCAAUUGGCCAUCACGCUAGGGAUUCUUUCUUCUCAGAUCCUGGGAAUGACUGAACUUUUUGGCACUGUUGACUUGUGGCCCCUAUUGUUUGCCUUCAAUGCUAUUCCCUCCCUUGUCUGUCUCUUGGUAUUACCCUUCUGCCCGGAGAGUCCAAGAUGGAUGCUCAUCUCCAAAAACAGGGAAGAAGAAGCCAAAACAGCCAUGCAGAAGCUGCGAGGUUAUGAUAAUGUAGAAGACGAAAUGGGUGAGAUGAGGGCGGAAGCGAAGAAGUCGAGAAACGCAAAGAACUUCACCCUGAAGGACCUCCUGACCACCCCGGAACUCAGGAUGCCAACAGUGAUAGCCUGUGUGGGCCAGAUCAGCCAACAGUGGUCUGGCAUCAAUGUUGUGAUGUCUUACUCUUCCUUCAUCUUUGCACAAGCAAAUGUUUCGGCAACACAAAUCCCAUACGUCAUUGUCGGCACCGGAUUCGUCAAUGUUGUUACAGCAAUCGUCGCGGUUCCUCUGAUGGAGAAGCUAGGACGUCGUCCUCUGUUGCUGUGGCCGAUGUGUGUCAUGGCUGGGUCCUUCGUGCUUAUGACCAUCUUCCUGCAGCUGCAGUUCGACCUUUCUCUGAAGGCCAGCCAUUCAACGUUUGCUAUGAUCUGCAUCGUUCUUAUGCAUCUGUACAUCGUGGGAUUCGCCCUUGGUCUCGGCCCCAUCCCAUUCACCAUCGUCGCCGAGAUCUUCAGACAGGAAUCUCGUGCUGCCGCCAUGAGUCUGUCCGUUGCCUGCAACUGGAUCUGCAACUUCAUCCUCAUGUGGACCUUUCCAUUCCUCAGGGAUGGACUUGAAGCCUACACCUACCUGCUGUUUGUGGUCAUUCUGGUCGCUGCCAUCAUCUUCAUAUUCUUCUUCGUACCUGAGACGAAGAACAAAACAAUUGACGAAAUUGUUAGCUCCAUCGCACUUGGUGGAAGAGCUCAUGGAAAGAGAGAUGGCUUCAAAAUCAAUGAAGAUGACAGUCUAAUAACCAACACGAAAGUUUGAGAAUGGGAGAGUAGAGAUCAUUGGACUAUAUACAGGAUAGUUAGUAUGUCAAACUGUAGGGAGAUGAACGGAACAGCGUGUGUGGUUUGGGUUGGGCAAGGUAAAGAACGGCAACAGUUACGUCGUGAAGACAUAAAAAUGUGAGAAUAUUGCCAGAGGUCGAAGGUUGCUCGAGGUUUUUCUUGGGUACAAACUUUUGAAUGUGGUAUAUAUGAAUAAGGUAUGUGUAUUCAUUUUAACAAUAAUCAAACUUGUCUGAGAAACUAUGUAAAAUACUCAUCAUAUUGUCAUGUGUUAGACCAUGUAAUGUCAUGUCAUGUCAUGUCCUUCACCAAAACUAUCAGCCACAUCGAUAUGGCAAUAUAACAAGCUCAUAGGAAAUGAUAACACCACUAAGAAGUUUAUCACUGUUUAUUGUAGCGAGAUAUACAAGUUUUAGCAAUCUAUGCGAAACUCAUUGUGACGGUGCGGGUCACCAACGUGUUCUUUCACGGUAGCGAAGUUUAACUCUGCUUGUACUAACCCUUUUCUGAGCUUUUCUAACCUACACACACUAACACUUCUACUCUACCAGUAUCUACUCGGAGCAGCUACAGAUAAUAUCACUGCGCAGGUAAAGGAGUUCCUGCUCCCAUUUUGACCAAGCCAGUCCAUGCUUUCUGUGCACCAAUCAGAUCGGACUACACAUAGUCAGUCUACAGUUGGGGUCCGUUUAGGGUUUAUUUAGGUUUAGUCUUCUCGACUAACAUGGGGGUCUUUCUAGGUUGUGGAAAGUUCAUUAAAACCCCCUUGUAAAACAGGCGACCUCCGAGAUCAUCAAUGCUGGUGUCACCAAUCUCUAUCAACAUUGUAUCAUCUUUUUAAGCUGUGCGGGUGGGUCCAAAACACGAUCUGAUCUUCUGUAACUUACAGAUUCGUAUUCCUGAUGAUUUCAUAUACUGUCCAUAUCUGGAUGAAUACUCCUCAUUUGUUUACAAUACAUCCACAGCCCCGAUGUCACAUCAUCACACACUGUAAUAUUUUGUGACAUCUCUGUGUACAAUUGAUUCUCGCUGGCGCAUGGUCAUUUCUCAUUCCUGGGAAAUAUGGGGGCCCUUCCAUGUACCAUCUUUCAUCAUUAACGACUCGGAUGUGUUAGAAUGGUAACUUUACUACCACUACUCCCGGCAUACAUCAUCUUCCAGAGACAAGGGAGUCUGCUGACUAUAAAAGUACAGUUUCCUUCCUUGCCGAAGUAGGCUGGAAUUUCGUCGCUCGAUCGUAUCGCCACCUGUGGCUAUCACGAGUUAUGUCCCUUCCAUGUACUUCAUAUCAAUCAGAUUCCAUCUCUGGCGCCCAGUCAAGACGAUCUGAUCGAUAAUCAAGAUAUAUAUUGUAAUAAAACGGGUUUUACCCCGCGAAGUGCAUCAACUCACCUAUGCACCUUGAUUACAACAUGACCAAAUUUACAACAGCCAUGCUCGGCAAGGGUAGAAACUGGACUUUUUAUAGUCAUUUAACGCCCUUGCCUCGGGAGUUCUGGAGUUCGUGGUCUCGCCAAGCGCAAGCCAAGACUGCGCAGUCUCUACUUCAUUUGCACCAAACAGAUCGCAGUACACGCUGUCAGCCUAUCACAGGGGUCCGUUAGGUUUUAAUUAGUUUUUGAGAUCACAACUAACAUUCUUGGUCGUGGAAACUUCAUUACAAUCGUGAGCUUUUUGUUUUACUUGUGUAUAUUGUCAUGCUCCUCCAUUGAAGCAUGUCGCAUUUACAAAUUGUUGUACAUACAGUCUUCGAAAGUAUGGGCAUUGACUUUCUGCAACAACAUCAUCCAGCUGAUGACCGGGGAAUUAUUAUGAUUGCAUUUCACUGAACCCGGGUCAGGCAUUAUUCAUAACAUUACAGGGUUUUUAAGUCAAAAUGUCCUAUCCAACUGUAAGACGCUGUGCUAGACCAGAUCAGAAUUGCACCAAACAGACUUUAUAAGGGACUGCUUGGGGAGCUUUAUGCUUUUGGUUCAGGUGAUGUGUGGAGAUUUCUACACGGCAUCUACACACAUUCUGCUUCAUAUUUAAAUAUGCCAUGAUUCUUGGAUGUGUUGGUUCAGUUUGAGACAAGGAUUGCUAUUAAACGAACAGCUAGUAUCUGUGAGGGGUGGUCGAAUGAUUCCAUCUAGGUGGCAUGAUGAACUGGAAGUGAGAGAUUCGACAACUUGGACUGGACAUGCUAUCUGAUAAAGAAUGUUGAAAAGCAGGUACACUUGGCUGGUACCAAACGGUUUCAGUUUCAUGAUGCCCCGUGUUAAGAGUCGGCUUGGGAAAUUAUGGACUCUCCAUAUUGGAGAACUGUAUACUAAUUCUGAGUUUGGACAUCAACAACUGUUCUUCUGACCGUUGCCCGAGAGCAUGAGUGUGAUGUUUGUUCAAUGACACAGAAUCCACUUAUUCAGAAUAUACAUUUCAACAGAACAUCCACCUAUUCAGAAUACUAGCAUGCAUAUCAAUAUUCACUAGGUGAUAUUUGUUAAAUAACAAAACGGUCACAUAAUUAUUCGGAAUAUACAUUUCAAUAUUCACUGGGUGAUAUUUGUUGAAUAACAAUACGGCCACAUAUUCGGAAUACACAUUUCAAUAUUCACUGGUGAUAUUUGUUGAAUAACAAAAUGGUCACAUAAUUAUUCGGAAUAUACAUUUCAAUAUUCACACAGUGAUAUUUGUUGAAUAACAAUACGGCCACAUAUUCGGAAUACACAUUUCAAUAUUCACUGGGUGAUAUUUGUUGAAUAACAAAACGGUCACAUAUUCGGAAUAGACAUUUCAAUAUUCACUGUGUGAUAUUUGUUGAAUAACAGAGCGUCCACAUCUGAAAAAAUCUAUUUCAGCCAGAUGCCAUGUUUGGAUUGACUAUUUUGUUUACCAAACAAAAGCGACAAAACCCUUACGAUAUUCAUAAUAAAUCUCUGCCAGAGUCGAUUGUACCAUUUAGACAAUAAUAAUCAUGAGCAUGCGCUUAUGAAUCACUAUCAAAUAGUGAUGAUACCAGGUGUUCGCGAAAUGGUGAGCGUAUCCUACCUCAGCGGUGGCACCGUCACAAACACAUGUAAAGGCUAGUCGUUUGUUCAUCUGAAAAAAAUCACGGGCACAUAUGUUUCAAGUCAGAAUAGGGAAUUGCAUCGGAAAUCAUUUUGACCAUGAUGCGUCAAAUUUAGAAAUGUCCUCCACAUGUCACCCAUACAGCCUCAUUGAGGCAUUGAAUGUGGUGACCUUGACCAAAGAACUUCUCAGCAAGUCAAAGUCUUAUGGGUAGAAAGAGCACGCACGCUUGUACUGCAAAAGUUAUGAUAUGUAAACACCAAAGGCUGGAGCUGCGGGAAUAUUUUGAUGUGUACCAUAUAUUUCUGGGUUUUUUUAAAGUUUGAGGUGAACACUUGACUUGCCUUUGCAUGUGUUUGUGACGAGGAUCAGAAUACGCUCACCUUUCGCGAAAGCCUGGCAUCAUGACUAUUGACCAGUGAUUCAGAAACACAAAACUCAUGUUUUAGUUGGAAUUACCUUGUAUACAAUCGAAUUUACUUUUGGCAGAGGUUUUAGAAAGGGCUUUGUCGCUAUUAUUUAGAAUUUUGAAUGGAUGAACAAAACAGAGCUUUAUGUUGAUGGAUAGGUUGGAGCUGUGUCUCGCAUGUUCCAGUUUGGUGUCAUCAAUGCAAAUAAUACAAACAUGACUCAGUAGUAUGUGUAUGUCAUGUACAAUGGAUGUACGUCAGAAAAUGAAUAAAUGUUAUGAAUAUUA